GUAAAAAUAUUUUACCCCUUGAAUAUUUCUUUUUCUCUAUUGAACAAUUGGGGCAGUUUUGGUUUUUUAAUGUGGGGUGAAUCUAAUGGUGGGAAAAGUAACUCCCCGGAGAAAUCAAGUAUCGGCGUGAAUCCAGAAAGUGAGGAAGAAGAGAAAAAUGAGGGGGAAAUGGCGAAGUGUUUGGAAUUGGAAUCGGAAUUUGGUGAAUGUGAAAUUGAAAAGGGAAAACGGUUGCCGGUGGCGGUUAUUGCACGAAGGUCCAGACACCGUAGAAGAACUUCUCGAUAGACAUUUAGUCAAGAAAGUUAGUAACAACAACAACGACGAUGACGAAGACGAGUUACUGAAUCGGAGGCGACUCACCAGCACUCGCCGUGAGGCACUGAGUCUAUACAGAGACAUUCUUCGUGCCUCGCGUUUUUUUGCCUGGUCUGAUUCUAAAGGCGUUCUUUGGCGCGAUCUCAUUAGAGAUAGCGCUCGUAAAGAGUUUGAGCUCGCUCGAUUCGAAACCGAUCCAGAGGUUGUUACUCGCUUGCUCAUCGGAGGACAUGAGGCUGUUAAUAACGCCAUUGAGAAGCUCGCCGAGAAACAGAGGCAGCAGAUUCAAAAGGAUCGUGGCAGUGGUGGCGGUCCUGAUCAAACCUGAUUGUGCCAAUGAUAAUCUUCUAACCUUAAGUUUUGGAAAGGACCUGUUCUUCAUGGAGAGCCAAAAGUUGAGCAUUGUGGAAUACAUCUGGCCAAGUAAGCGGCUGCAAUACUACCUAGUAGAAGUUUUGUUAGAAAAUUGUGAUAUCAAAUCUAUUAUGUAUCUCCAACAAAGCUAUAUUUGUACUAAAAUGAGUUGUCAUGUGGGUUAGUACACUGAUAUUAAUGUUUGGAAUAACAGCUGAAAUUUGCACAUACUGUCUUACUGUUUUGUGAUAAUAAGAAUACAAUUUUUUUGGAA